AUGUGGGUUCUUUUUCCUCUUUUGUGAAGAUCUGUUGUAUAAGGAGCUGUGGAAGGCAUGUACGGGCCCACCAGUGGAUGUGCCAAGAGAUGGGGAGAGAGUUUUCUACUUUCCUCAAGGCCACAUGGAACAAUUAGAGGCAUCAACAAAUCAGGAAUUGAAUCAGAGGAUUCCUCUUUUCAACCUCAAAUCCAAGAUCCUUUGUCGUGUUGUUCAUACUCAGCUAUUGGCUGAACAAGAUACAGAUGAAGUUUAUGCUCAAAUCACUUUACUCCCAGAGCCAAAGCAAAGUGAUAGCGAUCCCACCAGUCCUGAUGAAUGCCUUGCAGAGCCCCCGAGACCAAGUGUUCAUUCUUUUUGCAAAGUUUUAACAGCCUCGGAUACAAGCACUCAUGGUGGGUUUUCGGUUCUCCGGAAGCAUGCAAAUGAAUGCCUACCUCCCUUGGACAUGAAGCAACCCACACCUACCCAAGAGUUGGUAGCGACGGAUCUUCAUGGGAUCGAGUGGCGAUUUAAGCAUAUCUUUAGAGGUCAACCACGACGCCAUUUGCUUACAACGGGAUGGAGCACUUUUGUUACUUGUAAGAGACUAGUGGCUGGGGAUUCAUUUGUAUUCCUUAGGGGGGAGAAUGGUGAAUUACGAGUAGGUGUUAGACGUUUUGCUCGCCAACAAAGCUCCAUGCCAUCUUCGGUAAUUUCAAGCCAGAGUAUGCACCUUGGAGUACUUGCAACUGCAUCACAUGCUGUUUCGACCCAAACUCGUUUUGUUGUCUACUACAAGCCAAGGACAAGUCAGUUCAUUAUCGGUUUGAACAAGUAUAUAGCAGCUGUAAACAAUAAGUUUACCGUUGGCAUGAGGUUUAAAAUGCCAUUUGAGGGUGAAGACUCUCCUGAGAGAAGGUUUACAGGGACGAUAGUUGGAGUUGAAGACAUAUCUCCCCAGUGGGAAUGUUCUAAAUGGCGCUCGUUAAAGGUCCAAUGGGACGAACCAGCAUCUGGUGGGAGACCAGAAAGGGUUUCUCCAUGGGAGAUUGAAACAUUUAUAAUUCCUGUUCCUACAAGUUUGGUUCAACCAGUGGCAGUAAAAAGUAAGAGGCCUAGACCUCCGGUUGAAAUUCCUAAUCUUGCUCAGAUAAGUUGUAAUCCCGAUGGACAAAGGAGUGAUUAUCAAGGUUCCUGGCAUCCCGAUCAUACAGAAAACGGUAACAAUGGCUGUCAUUUCAGGACUCAAAUGGUUGUUGAUGAAACUGAAGAUCAAAAAGGUCUCUCGGUCUGGUCACCCCAUUCGACUUACUCAGUUCAAGAAAUCUUGAAACUGCCCAGCGAUUCGAUUCAAAGUUCAGUUGACAUGAUGAAAUCUGAAAGGAGUUCAAGCUGUAGAAUAUUUGGUUUUGACAUAAAGAUUCCUACCAAAAGUGAUGGAAAUACGGCAAGUACAUUGUCUGCUGGGAUUUUGGACCAGAAGUCUGAUCUCUCAAAGGACUGCAAAGACCAAGGGCCGUUGCAAGUUUCUCCAAAGGAAGUCCAAAGCAAACACACCACUUCUACGCGUAGUCGUACCAAGGUUCAAAUGCAAGGCAUGGCGGUGGGUCGGGCAGUUGACUUGACUGUGCUAAAAGGGUAUGACAAACUUAUAGAUGAACUCGAAGAGAUGUUUGAGAUUAAGGGAGAGCUCCACCCUCGUGAUCAAUGGGAAAUUGUCUUCACUGAUGACGAAGGAGACAUGAUGCUCAUGGGCGAUGAUCCAUGGCAGGAAUUCUGUAGCAUGGUGAAACGGAUAUGGAUAUGUUGUAGUCAAGAUGUGAAGAAAAUGAGAGCCGGCAGUAAACUUUCUUCCGUAGACAAUGAAGUGUCGGGAUUUAGUUUGGAAGCUGCUGAAAACUAAUGGAAUAGUUCCAGAUUCGUUCGGUUUUUAGGUACCUCCCCUCUUUGUCGGCUUUCUAGUUAUGGUUUUCCUUUUCAAGUCGUUGGUUGGUUUGAUCCUUAGAUCGAUAAAUAGGGUCAGGGUGCAACUAAUUUGGUAUUAGUUUCUCAGAUCUCAAUUAUCUGUAGAAGUAGGAUGUGUGUAUAUUAGAGGUUGAAUGUUGAUGGGGGGAGUGGUAUUGUUUAGUUUCUUGAGAGUGAUUGUAAAUAUGCUGAAUUGAUUUUAAUGGACAAUAUAGUCUUUCUUGACCUUAGCUGGUGGAAAUUUUGCGCCA